GCCGGGGAGCACGAACAGUGGAGGCUGGACCGCGAGAACCGGGAGAGGAUCGAGAAGUGGGAGCAGGACGAGAAGGCCAAGUGGGAGGCCGAGGUCUACGCCUCCUUCGACGAGGACACGAAGGCGGCCGUCGGCCCGGCGGCGGAGGCCCUGCCCCCGCGGGCGGCGGACGAUGUCGAGGAGCUGCCCGCGCACGGCGGCGGCUGCCAG